UCCCUACGUCAUGACAUCAUUGCCGCGUCACGUAAUUUCCACAGAGGCCUCGCUUCCAUGCUCUGCUGUACCCUGAGCUGUCACCGGGAGAGACGAAGGGCAUCCGGAAUACCGGCGGAGAGCAAGCCGCUGAAUCUUGUUUCUCGAGUGGACAAGCGGACCAGUGGACAGUGGACGCUUCAUUUGUCCCUCUGUAUCCAGGGACCGACCUCACUGAAGUUUUAUCUCGUCGUUGUCCUGAGGUUGAGGACGCCCGUUUUGUUGGACUAACCACCACUGCGUGUGUGUGUUGCUUUAAGAACUGCUGAUGCAUCGCUUAAGGACUUGUGCGGCGCGAUUACGCCCGCUCACCGCGUCACAGGCGGCUCAAACUGUUGGCCAACAACGGCCGGUCACAGUCACCUCCACAGGUGGCACAAGGACGUUUCAGCCAGUCAGGUGCUACACUGCACCUGUGGCCUUGGAGCCGUUCCUGAACGGGACAAGCUCCAACUAUGUGGAGGAGAUGUACUACGCCUGGCUGGAGAACCCCAAGAGUGUUCACAAGUCCUGGGAUGUAUUUUUCAGGAAUGCUAAUGCCGGUGCUCCUCCUGGUGCUGCCUACCAGUCCCCUCUGGUUCUGUCUGCGGCGUCAGGCCUCGCCGCUCCUCAGCUCUCCUCUCUGGUCGGAGCUCAGCCCAACGUGGAGAAGCUGGUGGAGGAUCACCUGGCUGUCCAGUCCCUCAUCAGGGCCUACCAGAUCCGAGGGCACCAUGUGGCCCAGUUGGACCCUCUUGGCAUCAUGGACGCCGAUCUGGACUCGUGUGUCCCCACUGACAUAAUCACCUCCUCCGACAAGCUGGACGUGGCUGUGUGCGAGGAGAGGCUGAGAAUCCUUACGGUAGGAGGCUUCUACGGUCUGGAUGAGUCCGACCUGGACAAGGUGUUUCGUCUGCCCACCACCACCUUCAUCGGCGGCUCCGAGAGCGCCCUGCCCCUGAAAGAGAUCAUACGCAGACUGGAGAUGUCGUACUGUCAGCACAUCGGGGUGGAGUUCAUGUUCAUCAACGACCUGGAGCAGUGCCAGUGGAUCCGAGAGAAGUUUGAGACUCCAGGAGUGAUGCAGUUCACUCUGGAGGAGAAGAGGACGCUGCUGGCCCGGAUGGUGCGCUCCACCAGGUUUGAGGAGUUCCUGCAGAAGAAGUGGUCUGCAGAGAAACGUUUUGGUCUGGAGGGCUGCGAGUCUCUGAUCCCAGCUCUGAAAACCAUCAUUGAUAAAUCCUCUGAGAAGGGCGUGGAGAACGUCAUCAUGGGCAUGCCUCACAGGGGUCGUCUCAACGUUUUGGCCAACGUUAUUCGUAAAGAGCUGGAACAGAUUUUCUGUCAGUUUGACUCCAAACUGGAAGCUGCUGAUGAGGGCUCCGGAGAUGUGAAGUACCAUCUGGGAAUGUACCACCGUCGUAUCAACCGGGUGACCGACAGGAACAUCACCCUGUCCCUGGUGGCCAACCCCUCUCACCUGGAGGCCGUGGACCCUGUGGUGCAGGGAAAGACCAAAGCCGAGCAGUUCUACUGUGGAGACAACGACGGCAACAGGGUGAUGUCCAUCCUGCUCCACGGAGACGCAGCGUUUGCAGGACAGGGUAUCGUCUAUGAAACCUUCCAUCUGUCCGACCUGCCAUCCUACACCACACACGGCACCGUGCACGUGGUCGUCAACAACCAGAUCGGAUUCACCACAGACCCACGCGUGGCUCGCUCGUCUCCGUACCCGACCGACGUGGCUCGAGUCGUCAACGCUCCCAUCUUCCACGUCAACGCCGACGACCCCGAGGCCGUCAUCUACGUCUGCAAGGUGGCUGCAGAGUGGAGGGCCACGUUCCACAAAGACGUGGUGGUCGACCUGGUGUGUUACCGUCGGAUGGGUCACAACGAGAUGGACGAGCCGAUGUUCACGCAGCCGCUGAUGUACAAACAGAUCAAGAAGCAGAAGCCAGUGCUGCAGAAAUACGCAGAGAAACUGAUCGCCGAGGGAGCCGUCAGCAGGCAGGAGUACGAGGAGGAGAUUGCCAAAUAUGACAAGAUCUGUGAGGAGGCUUACGCUCGCUCUAAAGAUGAGAAGAUCCUCCACAUCAAGCACUGGCUGGACUCCCCAUGGCCCGGUUUUUUCACUCUGGACGGACAGCCAAAGUCCAUGAGCUGCCCCUCCACCGGUCUGACUGAAGACGACCUAAACUACAUUGGACAGGUGGCCUCCUCCGUCCCUGUAGAGGACUUCACCAUCCACGGAGGUCUGAGUCGUAUCCUGAAGGGCCGGGCUGAGAUGGUUCGUAACCGCACGGUGGACUGGGCUCUGGGAGAGUACAUGGCCUUCGGAUCGCUGCUGAAGGAGGGGACGCACGUCAGGCUGUCGGGACAGGACGUGGAGCGUGGGACGUUCAGCCACCGUCAUCACGUCCUCCACGACCAGAACGUGGAUAAGAGGAUCUGUAUUCCCAUGAACCACCUGUCUCCUAACCAGGCGCCGUACACCGUGUGCAACAGCUCGCUGUCUGAGUACGGCGUCCUCGGCUUCGAGUUGGGUUUUGCGAUGGCGAGUCCCAACGCUCUGAUCCUGUGGGAGGCUCAAUUUGGGGACUUCCACAACACGGCUCAGUGCAUCAUCGACCAGUUCAUCUGUCCCGGUCAGGCCAAGUGGGUCCGACAGAACGGCAUCGUGCUGCUGCUGCCGCACGGCAUGGAGGGCAUGGGCCCAGAACAUUCUUCAGCUCGCCCGGAAAGGUUCCUCCAGAUGUGCAACGACGACCCUGACGUCAUGCCGACCAUCACCGAAGACUUUGCGGUGCGUCAGCUCUACGACUGUAACUGGAUCGUGGUGAACUGUUCCAGUCCUGCAAACUACUUUCAUGUUCUCAGACGACAGAUUCUCCUCCCAUUCAGGAAGCCUCUGAUUGUCUUCACUCCCAAAUCCCUGCUGCGUCACCCAGAGGCCAGAUCCAGCUUUGAUGAGAUGCUGCCUGGAACUCACUUCCAGAGGCUGAUCCCAGAGGGAGGCUCGGCAGCGGAGCGUCCGGAGGAGGUCAGGAGGCUCGUCUUCUGCACGGGGAAGGUUUACUACGAGCUCACCAAAGAGAGGAAGAACAGAGGGAUGGAGGGAAGUGUGGCCAUCGCUCGCAUGGAGCAGCUGUCUCCGUUCCCGUUCGACCAGGUGAAGGCGGAGUCGGAACGUUUUCCCAACGCUGACCUCGUUUGGUGUCAGGAGGAGCACAAGAACCAGGGUUACUAUGACUACGUAAAGCCUCGCAUCAGGACCACCAUCCAGAGAGCCAAACCCGUCUGGUAUGCUGGCAGAGAACCAGCAGCUGCUCCGGCGACGGGAAACAAAAACACUCACCUGAUGGAGCUGCGGCGUUUCCUGGACAUCACCUUCGACCUGGAUGCGUUCAAAGACCAGCAGUAGACCUGCAACGCCUGGAAUCAACCCUCACCUGUCUGACCUUUGACCCCUACCCUCCUGGAUUCAGUUGUGACACUCAGACUGCACACACACACACACACUGUAAUACUGCAUACUGGAGUCUACAGCUACUCUGUACUGUUGAGCAAGCAGUACACCAUCAAAUACUGCACACUGUGUCAUGUACUACUAAGUUAACAGUACAUGAGUGUGUACUACAUACAGAUUACCACUUGGUUAAUUUCAUGAGUUUCAGUAGAGAAGUGCACAAAAACAAACUUAAAUAUUUUGAGGAGAUCGACAGCAGACGUAAAUGUUUGACUCAGUUUACUGUGUACUAAGUACUAUUGUAGUGUACUGUCAGUAGCACAUCAGUACAGCUCUCACUCAGCUCAGUUAUUUGGUGUGUAAAAUGUCAGAAAACAUGAAGUAUUCUGCUUACUGUGACACAAAUCAGAAUGAACUGGUGGUUUGGUUUGAUGAACUGUUAAUCAGUUCAGUUAUUUAUUCUCCUGCGGUGAGUCGGAUUUGCUGUCAGUAAACCAGCCUGUUGUUGUUUGUUUACAUAAAAUGGAAGGUGGUGAGCCAUCACCUUCAUCGUCAUCAUCACCUUCAUCGUCAUCAUCACCAUCUGAGGAGUGGAAACAAGUGAAGUUCAGCUGUCCACAUACUUUUGGCCCUGUGUAGUUAAAGCUCAUGUGAACUUAAUGACUGAUCAAACACUGUGUACUUCAUGGUAUCAGUAUGUAGUCUCACUUGUACUGAUAAAAACCACUAAAUACUGUACAGUCUGUGCAUACUAAUUUGUUAGUAGUGUAUACUGGAGUACACUUUGUGAUACUUCAUCAGCAGUACAGACAUUGUGUUUCACAGAUCUCAGUAUGCAGUAUCAGUACUAUGUUUGCUGUCAUCACAACAGUACAUUCAGUACAGCAGCGUCAGGCUCAACUCCAACACAGAAACGUUUAUAAAACAGUCUGACAACAUUUUGGUUGCUGAAUAAUAAAAGUGUUAAAUUGACAACAUUUUGAAUGAAGUCUGGUGUUGCAGUUACGAUGCCGAGUGCUGCUUCAGUACUCAGCAUCGUAACUGCUGAGCAGCCUGGACAGUCGAGUCACACGGAAACUUUUCAGGCAACACGCACACACCCACACACACCUUCCUCCGUCCACACGCUCCAGCAGGUCAGCAGUUAUUACGUUGUCAUCAUCGCACACACACAGGAUCAUCACACACCAACACACCAGUCAGCUCUUCUUCAUGUGAAAUGUUGCAGGAAACAUUUUGUUUUCUUUUUUUUUUUCUUUCAAUGGCUCAUUAGCAUCAUUAGCUUUGUUAGCGCUCUCCACUGAAAACGAAUGGGAGCCCGGCUAGCUGGGGGAAGCGUAAUGUUUGAGGUUUGGAGGCACGCCGGCAGGUGGAGGUAUUUUUUGCCUUUCAGCAGGUGUGAUAGCUCUUUAAGGAAAGUCUGUAAUUAGUCACUAUGGCAACGCUUAACUCGCACACUGAGAUUUUAUUGGUCUUAGAUUUGAAGGGAUAUUUUGGGAGUAAAAUGGCUGAGAUCUGCGCCACCAGGUGUCCUGACAUGAACCAGAUGCACUGCUGAUCAUAAUUUAACCCGUCGGCUUCUGUCUCUCUCUCUGUCUGUCUCUCUUUCUCUCAGUCUGUCUCUCUCUCAUAUUUUUCCCGUGCCAAAAUGGAUCAGAGCGUCUCAUCUUUUUAUUCUUUUCUCGUGUCCGGCGAGCAGCUGAAUGAACUCUUGUCAGCAGGAAAACAAACAGACAAUAAACGACAACAGAAGAUGAAAUCAGCUGCAGGUGUUUGUUUUGGGCUUCUGUGAGACAAAGAAAAUGAUUUAUUUAUUUUCAUAAUAGGGGAUUGAAAUUCUUUUCAUUGUGUUGCUUCAUUCAAUAAAGAAUCCUGUAUGUUCUGAAGA